AUGGGCAAACAUCUCAUCUGCUGUUGGAUUUGGGCUCUAGUGGCUCUCUUCUACUUCCAACAAGCACUUUCUUUUAAUCUGGACAGUAGCAAACCCACAGUAUUCGCUGGACCUCCAGGAAGUUACUUUGGAUUUUCUGUGGCUUUCUUCAAUCCUGACAACAAACGUAGUGCAUCAUGGGAAUUGCUUAAAUCAGAUUUUUCUCUCCAUUGGGAUCAAGAAGCUUCUCUGCUAAAUGAAAGCAUUGUUGUGUCCAACUCAUUUUUAAUUCUUCCUGCCUCCCUAGAUUAUGUCACAGGAGUUCCUAGAGGGGAGAAGGCUCUUGGUUAUGUCAACAUUUUCAAUGGGAAGAACAUGGAGUCUGUGUAUAAUUUCACAGGCACACAGAUGGCUGCUUACUUUGGUCAUUCUGUAGCAGCUGUUGACAUCAAUAAUGACAGGAAGAUGGAUUUGUUGGUGGGGGCUCCUCUGUUCAUGGACCGCGGCUCAGAUGGGAAGCUGAGGGAGGUGGGUCAGGUCAAUGUCUACCUAGGCAAAGGUGGCUUCACCUUCAACAAUGUCAUCAAACUCACUGGCUCUGAGAUCUAUGCUCGAUAUGGAAGCUCAGUCUGCAGCCUGGGAGACCUCAACAUGGAUGGAUAUAAUGAUGUGGCCAUUGCUGCCCCAUAUGGGGGGCAGUUCCACCGCGGCCUGGUGUACAUCCAUAACGGGCGUCCCACUGGGCUGAAUCCUGUGGCCUCUCAAGUUCUGGAAGGAACAUGGGCGUCUGCUUCUAUGCCUUCUAGCUUUGGUUACGCCAUGAACGGAGGCACAGAUGUCGAUCAGAAUGGAUACCCUGACCUGAUUGUUGGGGUGUUCGGAGCUGACAAAGCCGUUCUGUACAGGGCUCGUCCGGUCAUCAGUGUGAACAGCACACUGGAUAUAAGCCCACAAAUCCUAAACCCUGAAGACAAGAGCUGCACCCUGCCUGGAACAACCACCACAGUAUCCUGCUUCACUGUGAAAUACUGUCUGAAGGCAAAUGGCAAGGGAGCGCCCUCUUCUCUUCAUUUCCAAGUGGAUUUGACCCUGGACCGCCUCAAACACAAGGGAGCCAUCAAACGGGUCCUGUUCCUCCAUAACAAGAUGCCUCAUUAUUCAAAGAACAUGACUGUCUCCAACAGCCAGGGACCAGCCUGCGAGGAGCUUCAGGCUUAUUUAAUAGAUGACUCAGAAUUCAGGGAUAAGAUCACACCCAUUUCUGUUUUUAUGGAGUACAGCUUGGAUUACAAAACAGCAGCAGAUAAGACCGGCCUGUUGCCCAUCCUUGACCAGUCUACACCUACAAAUGUCACUAAGCAGGCCCACAUACUCCUUGAUUGUGGUGAAGACAAUAUUUGCAAGCCAGACUUGAAACUGUCUGUUGUGAGUGACCAGAAAGAGAUCUACAUAGGUGAUGAUAACCCCCUGACCCUAGCGGUCACAGCAGAGAAUGCAGGAGAAGGGGCAUAUGAGGCCGACCUUACUGUCACCCUACCAUCUCAGGCAGAUUUCAUUGGGGUCGUGCGUAACAGUGAGACAUUGUCUAGACUGUCCUGUGCCUUCAAGAAAGAGAAUCAGACCAGAGUGGUGGUGUGUGAUCUUGGGAACCCAAUGAAAGGAGGAACUAAGAUAAUAGCAGGAUUGCGCUUCAGCGUGCACCAGCUCUCUGAACAGGAUACAGAAGUCAAGUUUGACUUGCAGAUACAGAGCUCAAAUCAGUUCAACAAUACCAGCAAUCUGGUGUCUGUUGUCACAAAGCUUGCUGUGCUGGCCAAAGUGAAAUUAAGAGGGGUGUCUGCGCCAGAGCAAGUGUUUUUACCCAUCGCUAACUGGCAGCCAAAAGAGAGUCCUGUUCUGGAGGAUGAUAUUGGACCUCUUGUACAGCACAUCUAUGAGCUAAGGAACACAGGACCCAGUACUUUCAGUAAGGCCAUUUUGGAUGUGCAGUGGCCCUACAGAUUCAACAAUGGCUCUCUGCUCUACAUCACCAAGAUUGAAGUGGACGGAAACAUGAAUUGCAGCUCAAACAGGGAGCUCAACCCUCUUAAUGUCACUAAUCCCAGAUUUAUUGACAAAAAUGAGACCUCGGCCAGCGGAGACAGAGCUGAGGGGAGGAACAGACACAGCGUCCACCGCAGAGACCUGGAGGACAAACAAGGGGAAGAGAACCUGGAGAAUCUGGAUUGUGGGAAUACCGAGUGUCAGGAGAUUAAGUGUUGGGUCGGCCGGCUGGAGAAAGGCCAGAGUGCUAUUCUAUUUAUUUACUCCAGACUCGCCGUGAGCACGUUCCUCAAGGCUGAAAAUCAAAACAAAUCGUACAAUGUUCGAUCCACAGCCUCCUUCAGUGUCAUAGAGAUGCCAUAUAAAAAUCUCUAUUCUGAGCUCCCAACCAGCACAACAUCAGCCUCUCUGAAGGUGAUCUGGAAUUCAGAGAACCCUCAGCCUGUCCCAGGAUGGGUGGUGGCUUUGGCUGUCCUGGCUGGACUUCUUCUCCUGGCUUUGCUCAUCUUUGUCAUGUAUAAGAUGGGCUUCUUUAAACGUGUGCGGCCGCCCCAGGAUGACAGUAUAGAGAAAGAGCAGCUUCAGCCUCAGGAGAACGGAGACAGAAACACAGAAGCCUGAGCUCUUCAUCUUCACUAGCCUAUAACAGUGCCAAGGCAGGAAUGUGCCUGAUUUACACCAAUGCUGAUGAGAAUACAACACUC